UACCUGUUCAUCGAACAAGGUCGAAUUAGUUUUGAUCGGCUGUAAUACCCAAAUUGUAGUGAAUUUCAGCUGUGAUAAGAAUGUGUGCUACUGUACAGACAUUUACCAAUUUGAAUAUUUUUCGAUUGUAUUAAAAAGGAUUGAAUAAAUAAACAAAACGAUAUUAUGUUAUAAUGCGAACAUAGAAAAUUCAAAAAUUACCAUUAAAAUUAAUAAAAGUAGCUAAGGUAAUUCGGGAGUUCAGUUAUUUAAAGCGACGCGACAUAUCCGUGCAGAUGUAUUCAAUUACACUGGCCAGUUUUAAAUAACUCUUGUCGCGCUGAAAGGGAAAGAAAGGACAGAGAAAUAGUUCGCAUACUGUGUCAACGUGCAAUAAUUCGAUCGAAAAAAGAAUGACAAAAACAAGUGAAGUUCGAUGAUAAACACAAAAUCGAGCAGUUUGAGUAACAAGAUGAGUUUGACUUUAAUUAAGUUGAAGUUCUUCAUAUUUUGAAAUUCACUCACAUUGAACUUGAAUACAUUCGAUCAGCACCAUGGCUGCAACGUUGAUUGCGUUAGCUGUUUCCACGUUAUACAUAGCACUUACGAAUCUUAUAGCAUAUUGGGCGAGAAGAUAUGUGAAUUAUUAUAUACGGGAUCCAUUUGUCAAGUCCCUAUUCUUGGAAGGUAUCGCUACUGCCGAACUAUGCGGGGCAUGCUUCGAACUUAUAAUAAUCGCUGACAAUUGGGGUGUCUCUAUGUACGGCAUAUAUUUAUUCAUAUUGACGAUUUGGUGGUCCCUGAACUGGGGCGACGCGACUGCCUGCCCUUAUACACACAUCGAGGAUGUCAUCGAGGGGAAGAAAUCACUGCGCGACGCUUUUCUUUUAAUCUGGGCCGAACUCGUCGGCGGCCUUGCCAUCUUUAGAUACGUUCAAUUACUCUGGGCACUGGAAAUCGUUUCAACGCACAAAAAUAGAGCUUUCUCGGACUGCACCACCGAUUUGCAAGUACCUGUAAUUUUCGGAGCGGCUAUCGAAUGUGUGGCAACCUGUAUAUACAGGGUGGUCUCGCAUGGCUUAAACGAAAUAAAUCCGAAGUUUAGUGUUCUAAUUGACUCUUUCAUCGGGACAAGUUUGGUCAUUGCAGCGUUUGAUUAUUCCGGCGGCUACUUUAAUCCAGCACUGGCUACCGCUUUGAAAUACGGAUGUUUGGGAACUACUUUUAUGGAGCACGUGAUAGUCUAUUGGGUCGGCGCAUGUGCCGGCUCCAUUGUCUCUUUACGAGUUUACAGGCAGCCGUCUAUUCAAAGCUACGUGGCACGGUAUAAGGAGAAAACCCUUUAAGCUCCAGAUACCGCCGUUUAUUUCUUCCGCGAGUUUCAUGGUUUGUGUCGCAACGUUUCUUCUUUUUUCCCGUUAUUUAUUCGAUCUGUUAACUGCGUGCCUUUUACUCCGCGUACCAAAGUUCCCUCUGUCGAUGCUCAGAUUGUUACAAAACACAGUUUUCGUUCGCACAAGCGAAUUUCGAGGUCCACGAUGGCUGAAUGUUCGCACGAGGUCAUGGAGUGAUAGAUAUAGUACAAGACUUUGUGUUCAAAUUAGUGUAAUAAUGGAGAUGAUUUAGAUUUAUAGUACAAAAGUGAUAAUAUUAAAUUGUUGACUACGUGUAUAAUGUAUUUUAAUUGUACAAGAGGUUGAAGAAAUAAAUUUCUGAGCAAUUUUACUGGUUUGUUUGA